AUGCAAAAACACCAUCAAGAUGACCCCGCCAGUGCGUCAACAAGUGGUGGUCCGUCUGCAACAGUUACAGUUAUACAACAAGUCACAGUCAAAGACCCAGCAGCUCUUAUAACACCAGGCCCAGAGCUUCGACUCGAACUUCUACGACGCGAUCCUUUGCCUCAAGAUAACAACAACUGUGGUCAGCAAAUCCAGCAAGCCUCCCAAAGUGCUUCCGAAGCCGCAAGGCAAGCCUCUCAAUCAGCUUCCCAGAGUAUUCAACAAGCACAGCAGUCAGCUUCUGAAGCGGCGAGACAAGCAUCACAGUCGGCUUCCCAAGGAAUACAGCAAGCGCAACAACAAGCGUCUCAAUCUAUAGCUCAAGCAUCAAGAAGUGCGUCGCAAGCUGUGUCGUCCGCCAGUUCUGCCAUAGCUAGUGCCCAAUCAUCGGCGUCCUCCGCUAUUUCGAGACUCAAUGGAUCUAUGGACAAUCUCAAAGCGAGCGCUUCGUCGGUUCAGGAUGGAGCAUCUGUGGCCGUUUUACAAGCCGGUGCUGCAGUCGCUGCUGCCACUGGAUCUGCUGCUGCUGCCGGCUCAUCAUUCCUUGCAGCGGCUGCAAAAGCAACGCAAGGAGCCGCUUCUUCAGUGGCAGCUGUGGGAGCCGCAGCUGCUUCCACAGUCGAAAAUGCUAACAAUGACGCAUCUGCCUCUCGGAUAGCAGCAGUCACCGCAACUCAAGCUGCACUGGCAAUUGUAGGAAGUAUUAUCGCAUCUGCGUUGAUAACGAUCUUGAUAUAUUUUCUGAUCAUCAGACACCAAAAGAAAGCUAAGAAGAGAAAGCAAGCAAAUCGAUCGAUAUCACCAGUAUCAGAAUAUCCAUCGGAUUCCAAAUUUCCUCAUUCCGACCAAGUAGGGACCACAAUCGCUGCAUCUCAGUCAGCAUAUAACGGAACCAGAGAUAUACCAGGGACCAGAGAUGCGCCAAAGAAUGACUCCGAAGUUUCUCUCUCGGAUUUCCCAGCAACACCCUCAGGACUUGGGCCUUCUGACUUCAACAAACUCAAGUCAACAUCAGUCGCAUGGAAUCCGUCCAAUCCACCUCAAGCGCCGAAAUUGGGACAAUGGUUAAAGGUGCAAGAUCCAACAGUAUCGCCCUUCGGAUCUAUUCGUUUACCCACUGAUACAAAAUCCAACAUGCCUUUGGGAGGACAACUCAAAUCGCCACUUCAAAACUCGUACAUCCCACCUCCGUCAUCGACAUAUCGGCCCUCACCUGCCUUUGUUGAAAUCGGAAAGGCCAAAGUACAACAAGCCAUGGUUCGCUCCGUCACAAUCUCCAAAAGCCAAUCCCAACGUAAACCACCACCUCCACAACAACUUCCGCCCGCCGAACCAUCACCACCUAUACCUUCUCCUCCAAAAUUCACACCAGACACACCGGUAAUAAGCGCCAGCAAAUACCCCGGCUAUAGAGAAAGCAAAGCCAGCGUUUGGAUUGACGAUGUCCCCUCCUCGGGCAUCCCAACCCCCAAAAGCCCAAUACGAGAAACCCGUCCAGCGACAGAAGAAACCUCGCAGAUGGAGCUCCCUGCCUCCCAAAAUCCAGUGCGCACGACAGCGGAAUGGUUAGACUCCAUCCGCGACGCCGCUGAUCCUCCACCCGCUAUCGGAUCACGCUCUUCUACGAGAGAUAUCUCGCAACAGCGGCGCGACUCGCGGAACUCCCGUUUUGGAUACAACCGAGGAGGGUCGAACCAGAGACCUGGUUUGGGAGUUGGGAUGGGCGGACCUAGGUCUACGAGACCGCCGGUGGGAGUGGUGCCGAUGAAGAGUUAUAAUGGGGAGGUUGGGCAUGUUAAGGGAUUGAGUCAAUUCUUUUCGGGCGAUGAGAAUGGGUUGGGGAGGAUGGGGAGUGAUAGUACGGGAGGGACUUUGAAUUCGAGUCCGGGGGCUAGUAGGAGGGGGAGUAGACGAGGUGGUGGAGUUGGAAGAGCGAUGUGA